AAAAGAAAAAAAGAAAUGUCUUCUAAGUCUGAGAAAAAGAUGAAAACAGAGACCAAACCUUCAAAGGUGACAGAAAGAACUCUGGGAGGAGGCAGUGAAGAGGAGGGUAUGUUCCAGAUCGGGAAGAUGCGUUAUGUCAGAGUGUCCUGCUUCAAGGGGAAGGUCCUCGUGGACAUCAGGGAGUUCUACACUGACAAGGAGGGCGACAUGAAACCGGGGAGGAAAGGGAUUGCCCUGUCUGCAGAACAGUGGAAUCAGCUGAAGGAGAUCAUUCCUGAGAUUGAUGCUGCAGUCAAGAAAUU